AUGGUGGCGAUGAACUCUUCGUCUGACAUGACGAUGUCCAAGUACCUGGUGCGUUCGUACAUGGUGACUAUGUGCGCCUCCAGCGAACCACCUCUCUUGCUGUCAAAACGGACGUCACGUGCCCGGUGCCACGGCGGGAAUACCGUGACUCACGCGGGGUUCUGCGACCCCGCCCCGCUCCCCGCACCCCGCGCCACGUGUGUCGGGGGAGACCGCUCGCCCCGCGCCGCGCACACCAGCUUCCGCCGGCAGCCAGAGAGGACCUGCAGACACGCAGAGUGUAAGGCGCCAGACGGGCCUUCACCUCGCCGGCCGCAAGAACCCGGCCUCCAUGGACCACCGCCUCGUGCUGGCCCUGCUGGUCGCCGCUGCCAGCGCGGGCAGUCCGCUAGUCCUCGGCCGGCGACUCUGAACGUGAACACGGUCCCGCCAGAGUACGUGAGAGGGGGAGACGUGGUGCUGCCGACCACCAGCACUCCUCGACCGAGGCCCAGCUCCGACUACGGCUCCUCGGAGGAGCGGAGCAGGGAGAGCGACGGAGGGAACAGGCCGCCGGCGAGGUCCUUCCUGGAGAAGAGGCGCCAGCUCGUGGACGUGGACGAGUGCGGCAUGUCCUUGAGCGAGAGGAUCGUCGGAGGGAGGACGGCGAGUCUCGGAGCCUUCCCGUGGAUCGCAAGACUCGGCUACAAGCGCACGGGAUCGCAGCAGGUGAUGUACCGCUGCGGCGGGUCUCUCAUCACCAGGAACCACGUGGUCACAGCGGCGCACUGCGUCACCUCGCUGCCCAGCGGCCUGCAGCUGGUGUCGGUGCGGCUGGGCGAGCUGGACGAGAGGACGGACCCCGACUGCGACGCGGCGGAGUGCGCGGACCCGGUGCAGGACUUCUCGCCGCUGUCCGUCGUCGCGCACCCCGGCUACAACCGCCCCAAGUACAGGCACGACAUCGCCGUGGUGCGCCUGGACCACCCCGCUCGCAUCACCGCAUACGUCAGCACAAUAUGCUUGCCAUUCGAAGACUUGAUCAAGAUUGACUACACGGGCGAAAGUUUGAUAGCAGCUGGAUGGGGAUCAACAAGCAUGGGGAUGUCCAGCAGCAAGACGCUGCAGUGGGUGAAGCUGAAGGUGCAGCCCAGCGCGGGCUGCGACGCCGUGUUCACGCGCCGGGCCAACAUCUCGGUGGGCGCCAGCCAGAUGUGCGCGGCCGGCGACGGCGGCAGGGACUCGUGCGAGGGCGACAGCGGCGGUCCUCUGGCCAGCCGGGAGCAGCCCUCGCUGCACAGCGCAGCUCGCAGCGUGCUGGUGGGCGUGGUGUCGUUCGGCGCGCGCGCCUGCGCCGCAGAGGCUGUGCCCGGCGUGUACACGCGCGUGACGCACUACCUGCACUGGCUGCUCGACCAGAUCUGAGCCGCGACCUUCGGCUGGAUGAGCAUGCGUUACUGCGUGGCUGUUGCACGUUAGUAUGGAGAGGUAGUUGGUCUGUGAACAGGGGGGCGGGGUUAUCAUCACGUUGCCACACAUACCAACAGGUGGUUGCUCUACAGGCAGUCGUGUAGUCAUAUGGUGGUGUUAUUAUCGUCUGCUUGUGAUGUCAUAUCCCUCUGCUCUCCCAGGACCUAAUGGUGGGAAGCAUCUGCUGGUGACAUCACAGUUGGUUCAUAAGGUUGAAGGUAGAUGUCGCUGAUGGAAGUACUAGUGUUAUUUUUAAUAAUAUAAAUAUUGAUUGCUGUGGAACCAAGGGACGGAAGCAUCUUUGAGAUGGCAGAUUUUGAAAUAUUGUUAUGAAUAUUGCAGAUACACACAAAUCAAUAUAAUUCACUUCAUAUUCUAUCCCUCAUACUUACUCUUUAAUGAGUAUCCAACAACUCGGGGUCUACCUUGUAAAUAUUUGCCCUUGCUUAAAAACUAGAUACUCAAUUGUAGGCUAAUUAUGAUCGCCACAAUCGAUUAUUUAUUAACAUGCAUCUCAAUCUCAUUGCUCAUGCCAGACCUCUUCCAGUUCACACAUGAAGCUAGGUGUAAGAAGUAACCUUAACAAUUACAUUUACAUCAUUGUGUGGGCGUGCAUGAGUCGUGUCGGAAUCAGGUAGUGCGGUUGAUGAUGUCGAGUCUGGAAUUGCUUGAAUGUUCACCUGCUUGUCUGGGAUCUCGAUCACCCUUAGAGACUUGCAUCAAGUCAAGGCAGGCUUGAAGGUUCACUAUAUGCCAACGUACUGCAGUCGAUGUAGCCAGCGACAUCUCUAAAUAUAGUGUUGGUCACACAUUUAGAUGUGUUUUCCAUACUUCCUCAGUGGCUUAGAAGGGUGUGUCAGCCAGGUACACAUAUUUUUGGCCACCACAUGUUAAAGGGUGGGACUGGCCGAUGUGGCAGCUACUUGUCCCAAUACUACACCUCAGGAUCCAUCGUUUGCUAUCACUUAAUGCUCAGAUCCAAGAUAUUUUGUCAUGGAAUUUAACUAUUGUGAUGUACUCCUCCUCAAUGUCAUCUUAUGAUUUAGGCGGUGGUGGUGGUUAGGUAGUCUAGAUUGCAUGUUUCAGUCAUGUCUGCUACUGGGAGCUGUUCUUCAUCCUUGUGCUUAGGAUCAUGUUCAGCUCUGCUCUGGCAUCUUCACAAACCUCAGAUAAGCCUAGUUCACAUUGGCAUAUCUAUUUUAUGCUGUCAGUACCAGGUAAGGCAUGAGAUCCCGUAGUCGGUGGUACCCAUUUAAAUACUGGUUAAUCCUGUGCAGAAAUUUCUGACCAAAUUGAACGGAGGUGAUUCCUGUCUAAAUACAUGGUUACCCUUCAACAGUUAUGUUGGUGUAUGUCGAGAUUGUGAAGUCUGGUCUGCUAGGAAUAUUUUUUGUUGGUGUUGUGCUACAUCUCACACCUUUCCCAAACCCACUGCAUCUUCUUCUGGAAACCACAUGUUUUGCUAGUCUAGAAUUCUAAAUUUCUGUCCAAAAACAUCAUUUAUGAACUGGCUUUCCUUGUUAAAUUCUGCGUUCUGAUGCAGAAGAUGGAUACCAAAAUUUGGAGGUAAGGUGCAACCUAAACAAUGUCUUCAGCUUCUAAUCCCUUUGAUUUUUUCUGCUGUGCUUGCUUAUUAGGGAAUAUCUGGGUGUUUUUACCUGCUUAACCUUACAAGUCAUACACAGUCUCUUCUAGGUAAAUCUUGUAAAAUAGGAGUUCAUGUCCUCUAUCAGUAAGUGCAGAUAUCUUCAAUGUGGGAAAUAUUCUAUCUCAAGGUCACACUCAAAAAUUGAGGCCGUGGUGUUGCUUAGUCGCCACGCCUUUAUCCACCUAGUGAACAAGUCCAUAAUUAGUGGCUUUCCUUAGGCAGUAUGGUGGUCCAAUAUAUAGUCUUAUUAGGAUGCUGUGUUGUUAACUGCUACUCCUGGUCCGUCUAGCUCGAUUUCCUGUAAAUAUAUAUCUGAUUCAUCCAAUACCCAGUCUUCUAUGUCAGGCCUUACUGUAUGUCUAUCGUAUAGAGAUGUCGUGGCCCUCCUUGCCUGUGAUGCUCCCGGAAUUCCAGAAAGUUUGAAUACAUUCGGAUACAUGGAAUAAUUUACUUACUGGUUUCCAUAACCAGGUUGGGAAUUUUUCUGUGGUUGAAUGAUUUGGCAGGACCCAAGUCGAUCACUCUCAAUGGGCUCAACACAUAAUUUUAUACACUCUUUACCGUUGACUACUGCUAACCUGUCUAUAAGCGGCUCCCUUAGCCUUAUAUCAUGCAGCUGGUCAUUGUGGGUUGCGGAGGAAAGGAGUAAUUACAACUCAUGUCAUCAUUCAUUGUAGUCCUGUCAAGGUGAUCACAACCAUGCAUCAGCCAGUUGAAAGACCUUCCAAGCAAUGUGCUUAGUUGCGAACAUGAACCUCAGCAAGAAUGCCUUUUGGGCUAGCUUUAUCUUGGAUUCUUGCAUGUUUCGCAGCGACACCAGACAUUGACUGCCCAAACUCUUGACGAACUGUUGGUCCUCCAAAAUGGAACAGAACCUUUUCUCUGGCCAUACCACUGCAAUCAUUCCUGUUUAUUGCACUGACAUCAACUUUCUGCAGAGUCAUACUUUGUAGUAGCAUUUCAGACAGUUAUUUUUAUAUUUUGAUAUGCAUGAGAUAAACUAAUGUUUUUAAUUAUUGUCAAUUAUACUAUUUCAAUUUUUAUACUACAUUUUGGAUGUGUUUUUGUCAUAUAAUAUUUAUUAACUAUAAAACUUUAUAAUGUACCAUUUUAGUGUGAAUUUACGAAUUGUAUUAUAUGUAUCAAAUAAAAGAUAUGUUUACAGGAAGUGGAUAUAAAUUGUAUCAAACAU